CUAUAGAAAUAAAACAUAGGGGACAUUUUAAACCACUGUCCUGUCCUGCUAUUUCCCGUCAUACCGCGCGUAACGCAGAGCCGAGAGGAGAUUAUGAGGAUUUAUGUUGACGUUAGUUGGGGAUUAGUGGUCCAGAGCAAAACCGUAACAGACCCAGAAAGAAAUAAGCAACGUUUUGGCAUUGAUGUCGGAGCUGUAGCUUGAAAUGAACCUGUGAAGCAUCCUGCAGGAGAAGCCAUGAGUCAGUUUCGGGCAUUAGCGGGCGUGCUGAGGGGAGGGCGUGUUGGAGGGAGUCGGUGGCUGCGAGGGUGUGGAGGUGGAGGUGGAGGUGGAGGUGGAGCUGUCCCGGCCACCAGGCGCUGGGUUGAUCCCAGGAGAGGCUGCUCCACCGGGGCUGCGCCUGUUCCCUCAGCGGUGGCGAGCAGCUCCAGCUAUGUGGAGGAGAUGUACUUUGCCUGGCUGGAGGAUCAUAAAAACGUCCACAAGUCCUGGGACGUAUUCUUCCGUAACAUCCAGGCCUCCAGUCCGUCUGGCGAGGCGGGCGAGAGACACCCCUCCGCUCUGCUCCAGGGCCGAGUGCUGUCCCACUCACCAGACAUGGCACAGAAAGUGGUGGAGGACCACCUGGCCGUGCACACUCUCAUUAGAGCCUACCAGAUUCGUGGUCACCAUGUUGCACAGUUAGACCCUCUGGGAAUCCUGGAGGCUGACCUGGACUCCUUUGUUCCGUCCGACCUGAUCACCACCAUCGAUAAAUUAGGUUUCUACGGUCUUAACGAGUCUGACUUGGAGAUGAGCUUUCAACUGCCCUCCACCACCUUCAUCGGAGGAGGAGACACCACUCUUCCUCUUAAAGAAAUCAUACGCCGACUAGAGACAUCCUACUGUGGUCACAUAGGAGUCGAAUUUAUGUUCAUUAACAACGUGGACCAGUGUCAGUGGAUCCGUCAGAAAUUUGAGACUCCGGGAAUCAUGCAGUUCACUAAUGCUGAGAAGAGGACUUUGCUCGCCCGCCUGAUCAGAUCCACACGGUUUGAGGACUUCCUGGCCAGAAAAUGGUCAUCAGAGAAACGUUUUGGUCUGGAGGGCUGUGAAGUGCUCAUCCCUGCUCUUAAAACCAUGAUUGACACGUUGAGCGCUGCCGGCAUCGACAGCGUGAUCAUGGGGAUGCCUCAUCGGGGUCGACUGAAUGUGUUGGCCAAUGUGAUCCGUAAGGAACUGGAUCAGAUCUUCUGUCAGUUUGACCCCAAGUUAGAGGCUGCUGAUGAGGGGUCGGGUGAUGUCAAAUACCAUCUUGGGAUGUACCACGAGAGGAUUAACCGUGAGACGGACAAGAACAUCACGCUGUCACUCAUGGCGAACCCCUCCCACCUGGAGGCGGUAGAUCCGGUGGUGCAGGGCAAGGCCAAAGCUGAGCAGUUCUACAGAGGAGACACUCGGGGAAAGAAGGUGAUGUCCAUCUUGAUGCACGGUGACGCUGCUUUUGCUGGACAAGGAGUUGUGUAUGAGACUUUCCACCUCAGUGAGCUCCCCUCCUACACCACACAUGGUACAAUCCACGUGGUGGUCAACAACCAGAUUGGCUUCACCACAGACCCUCGAGUGGCCCGCUCCUCACCCUACCCCACCGACGUGGCUCGGGUUGUCAAUGCACCCAUCUUCCAUGUGAAUGCAGAUGACCCCGAGGCCGUCAUGUAUGUGUGCCGGGUGGCUGCAGAGUGGAGGACCACCUUCAACAAGGACGUUGUCAUUGACCUGGUUUGUUACAGGCGCUUCGGCCAUAAUGAGAUGGACGAGCCCAUGUUCACCCAGCCGCUGAUGUACAAACAGAUCUGUCGGCAGGAGCAUGUGCUGAAAAAGUACUCCGACAGGCUCAUUGCAGAGGGAGUGGUGACACUGCAGGAAUUUGAGGAAGAAGUUGCCACAUAUGACAAGAUAUGUGAGGAGGCAUACACCAGCUCCAAGGAUGAAAAGAUUUUACACAUUCGACACUGGCUCGACUCCCCCUGGCCAGAUUUCUUCACAGCAGAGGGAGAGCCCAAGAGCAUGAGCGGUGUCCCUACAGGACUGGAUGAGGAGUUCCUGCAGCACAUUGGCCAGACAGCCAGCUCAGUGCCUCUGGACGAUUUUAAGAUCCACCCUGGUGUGUCUCGUAUCCUGCGUGGUCGAGCUGACCUGGUGAAGAAUCGACAGAUGGACUGGGCUCUAGGAGAGUACAUGGCCUUUGGUUCCCUUCUCAAAGAUGGCAUCCAUGUACGACUCAGCGGGCAGGAUGUAGAGCGGGGCACCUUUAGUCACCGUCAUCAUGUUCUGCACGACCAAGAGGUGGACAAACGUACCUGUGUUCCCAUGAACCACCUGUGGGUCGACCAGGCUCCUUACACUGUCUGCAACAGCUCCUUAUCAGAGUAUGGAGUGCUAGGUUUUGAGCUUGGCUUCGCCAUGGCCAGUCCGAAUGCUCUGAUCCUCUGGGAGGCCCAGUUUGGAGACUUUCACAACACAGCCCAGUGCAUCAUUGACCAGUUCAUCAGCCCGGGCCAGGCCAAGUGGGUCCGCAACAAUGGUAUUGUCCUGCUGCUACCACAUGGGAUGGAGGGAAUGGGCCCAGAACAUUCAUCAGCUCGCCCUGAACGCUUCCUGCAAAUGAGCAAUGAUGAUCCCGAUCACUUCCCCGAGUUCAGUGGAGAUUUUGAGGUCCAGCAGCUGCACGACUGUAACUGGAUUGUGGUCAACUGCUCCACGCCUGCUAACUACUGCCAUGUGCUCAGACGGCAGAUUCUGCUGCCAUUCAGAAAACCGCUAAUCAUUUUCACUCCAAAAUCUCUGCUGAGGCACCCCGAUGCAAGAUCCAGUUUUGAUGACCUCGCCGAAGGCACUAAAUUCAAGAGGUUGAUUCCUGACAAGAGCCCUGCGAGUCAAAACCCAGCCCAAGUGAAGAGGGUGAUCUUCUGCACUGGCAAAGUCUACUAUGAACUGGCUAGAGAGAGGAAACAGCACAAAUUGGAGAGAGACAUCGCCAUCGUCAGACUCGAACAGAUCUCUCCGUUCCCGUUUGACCUGGUCAGAGCAGAGGCAGAGAAAUAUUGCAACGCUGAACUGGUCUGGUGUCAGGAGGAGCACAAGAACAUGGGUUACUAUGAUUACGUCCGGCCGCGUUUCCUCACAGUGGUGGCCAACCAGAAGCACAUUUGGUACGUGGGACGGGACCCUGCAGCUGCUCCCGCGACAGGGAACAAGUCCACCCACCUGAAUGAGCUGAAGAGGUUCAUGGACACGGCUUUCAACCUGAGCGCCUUCCACGGGAAGGACUAGCAAUUGAGAACUGGAGCAAGAACCAGACUGGAGGUGCAGUUUCAUCUCCAACCAUCAUGGUGUAUUUAUUAAGUCUUGAUGUGGCAAAUUGGCACAUUUUAAAAAGUCUUUUAACUUUGUGACAAUCUAUAGCAUAGCCUAGUGUUUUUAGUAAUUGUAAUUUUAACCCCUGAUAAUCUUAUGUGAAAGAUAAGUCUGCAACGCUAACCGACUGCACAACAUUUCUGUCUUUUGAGAUUUAGUAAGUGAUCAUUUUUCAAUCCCGACCAAUCAUGGCUUGCAGUCUUUCACAACCUGCAACAAUUAUGAUGUGACAAGCAUCACGAAGCACAACUAUGCGAGAAAAGGCUAAAUAAAUUGGACGCAGUAGUCUUCCCAGGGCCUCGCGAGUAUCCUAAAUGCGUCUUGUCCUCCACUGUGACACGGGAUGGAAUGACAAAUUGUUGUGUCCUGGCCAUGCCCCCAUGUCAAGUGAAAUCAAGUCUUUGAUAUUUUUAUGCACCAAAUCACCCUUCAUCCUCAUACCCUCAGUUUGGACAAGGAAAACCUCCGCACAAAACACCUCAUCUGUGGGAUCAGGCCAUUUACAGGCCGAUAUCAUGUAGUCUGGAUCUGCACUUUUUUCAACAACACUAUUCAACACAGGACCUUUAUGAGGGCUUUAACAGAAUACAGCACAAAGUCUUGUCUAAAGAGAACCAGGCACAACGAUUUUCAGCCUCUAAACGGUGCUACACCUCCAACACCUUUAUUUCAUAUUAAAAGAAACACAAACAUUAAAUAUAAGUCACAUAAUUGUCACCUAGUUGUGUGGUGAAGUAGUAAUCUUUGUACCCCUAAUAACAUUCACACACCAACAUUUAGAUUUGUGAAAAUCUCUGAGCAGCUUUAAUACUGUAAAUACCUUUAUUGCUGCCAUGCUGAAUACUAGUUUAUAUAUAUAUAUUAGUAGCACAGAUUUGUAUAGAUUUUUGUAGAUGAAUAGCAGAAGCUACGAGAAGCACACAAAGCACCAACUGGUGUAUUUAAACAAUGAAUGUGAAAUACAUAUCGCAGGUAUGAAGACUGUUUUGAAAUUUAACACAUCAGUAGGUUUAGUGCCUGUAUUCGCUUUGGCUACCUUAGCUGUUAGUGAAGGAGUGUGUGGUAUUUAUUGUCACACCUCACUUCACCGGGAGACAUGAGCCAGCUGGCACAGAGACUUGCAGCCAUGUUUUCUACUUAGGACAUAAGGCUCAGCUUCCUCUUCGGAGGCUGAGGGAUGCACGGCGCACACGUAAACACAGCAAAGCUUUGGAUGCUUUGAGAGCAAUAUUGACGCCUGGUUGUCACAUUAAAAUCCCCAGGUAUUUAAGAGAAAUAAUAUUUGUUACCACUGUGCUUUAGAAAUGUUAUGCUUCCUGUUUAGCUAUACUGUAGCUCACCUUUAAAACUUCUAGCUGGGAAAUUUGACCAUAAGCCAUACACAAAAUGCAAUUUUAAAUAUCUAAUUAUUUAAUUAAAAGAGGUUUAUAUGUGUUGGGAAUAAUAAGAUAUGCAAUAAAAUAUAUUUAAGUUUAA